GAUACAUGCUGGCUUCAGCUAAAUAUGACUAUGAAAUAUGUACUCAAUUAAAAUUUCAAUUUAGAGGACCAGAUGAUGGCGGAAAAGACAUAAUAAUUGAAACGGUCAUUAGAGAAGGUUGUUUUGAUAUCGGAGUUUAUGUUGGGGCUUUGUACAAAAGAUUUUCAGCGGGAGCACAUAAAGCGGCAAGAAAAUCUGAUGACCUUAUUCUUACGACUUAUAAAAGCAUGUGUCAAGAUAUCUGGAACUUAAUUACUUAUCGAUUAAGGCAAAAGGCUCGUACUUUUGAAGAACGAGUUCGUCUUUUAGAAGAACGAAUUCGUCUUUUAGAAGAACAGGAUCGAUUUACUAAAACAGAUUAUAGAAGAAAAUGCCGAGAAAGCAAAGUUAAGGGUGCUGAGCUCAAUGCAAGAAUCAUGGAACUAGAACGGUCAGCAAAAGAAAAUGAAGAGCGAUUUGCAAAAUUGGAGCAAAAUCUGGAUCGGGCAUAUAAAGAACAGAUUAGUAAUGAAUUGAGAGAAAGGAAUCGGGAAAAGAAAUUUCGAUCACAAGAUUUAUCUUCGGAUAAUAAUUCAUCAGAACAAUCUAAUUCAUCAUAUAAUAUAAAAACUGUUAUACUGGAAACGAAUUCAAAGGAUUCAACUGAGGAAGAAACCAAGUCUAGGGAUGUUAAAGCCUACCAACGGUGA